ACAACCACCUUGCGAACUCCGUGGCUAUAAGACUCGCCGUCGCCGGGCCAUAACACACCGAACUGAUCGAGUCACAUGCAUGCCAGUGUGCACAACAGCUACCACCCGACUGCGAGCUAGCGCCCGCAGCACUGCAGCAGCUAGCUAGCCAGCUCGCUGUGGGAGAGAAGCUAGCUAGAGAGAGAUCGAUCAAUGGCGUCCCGUGGCAGCAGCAUGGCCUGUAGUCUCCAGCUCGCCGUCCUCAUGUUCGCCGCCGUCGCGCUCGGGUUCGGCGUCCGGGCCGGCGCGGCGGAGCUGUGCAGCGAGUACUACGACCAGACGUGCCCCGACGUGCACCGGGUGGUGCGGCGGGUGCUGAAGAAGGCGCACGAGGCCGACGUCCGCAUCUACGCCAGCCUCACCCGCCUCCACUUCCACGACUGCUUCGUGCAGGGCUGCGACGGGUCCAUCCUGCUGGACAACAGCUCGAGCAUCGUGUCGGAGAAGUUCGCGACGCCCAACAACAACUCGGCGCGCGGGUACCCCGUGGUCGACGCCGUCAAGGCCGCGCUGGAGGAGGCCUGCCCUGGCGUCGUCUCCUGCGCUGACAUACUGGCCAUCGCCGCCAAGAUCUCGGUCGAACUGUCCGGCGGGCCACGGUGGCGCGUUCCUCUUGGCCGGCGCGACGGCACCACCGCCAACAUCACCGCCGCCAACAACCUCCCGAGCCCCUUCGACAACCUCACCACGCUCCAGCAGAAGUUCGGCGCCGUCGGCCUCGACGACACCGACCUCGUCGCCCUCUCAGGGGCGCACACGUUCGGGCGCGUGCAGUGCCAGUUCGUGACGGCGCGGCUGUACAACUUCAGCGGGACGAACCGGCCGGACCCGACGCUGGACAGGGGGUACCGGGCGUUCCUCUCGCUGCGGUGCCCGAGGGGCGGCAACGCGUCGGCGCUGAACGACCUCGACCCGACCACGCCGGACACCUUCGACAACAACUACUACACCAACGUCGAGGCGCGCCGCGGGACGCUGCAGUCCGACCAGGAGCUGCUGUCGACGCCCGGCGCGCCCACGGCGCCGAUCGUCGGCCGGUUCGCCGGCAGCCAGAAGGAGUUCUUCAAGAGCUUCACCAGGUCCAUGAUCAACAUGGGGAACAUCCAGGUGCUGACGGGGAGCCAGGGUGAGAUCAGGAACAACUGCAGAGUGGUCAACGGAAGCUAGACCCCCGUCGAGCAAAGGUCGUUGCAAGGAGUAGUAGCUCUUGUAAAUGUGGCGUGCCUAUAAGUUACUGGUGAAAGCAGUGCUGCUGUAUGUAGGAUGCUGCAAACAUGUACGUAUAGUUUUGAGGGCAUUAUAGCAUGAUGCACCGAUCGAUUUGUUUAUGUCAUGGAGAUUCAAUAUAAACAAUAAAGUGGUGUCUGCAGUUUUGUUCAA